AUGGCUCGAGGCCAAAUUGGUGAAAUUCACAUGGCAAGGCAGUCUCAACACAGGGUUCAGAGCGGGUUUAUACCCAACGGCGUGCAUGUUAUAAUCGUCCGGACUGACUCCACCAAAUCCGAAGAUCAUUUCAAAGCCAGCCGGGUACUGAAAAUCGUGGAGGGUAGCGACAUAAAGAUAGGAGAGGCCAGGAGUUUAGAUAUGGAUUCAAGGGGGGUCGAUCAAGUCCUGAAAGAGGUAGUUAUUGCUCUGAUCAAAGCCGGGUUCCUGCCACAGAGUCUCCUUCAAGGUGAUGCCAGUGGUGCUGCCGGGUUGAGAACAGAGAGAAUGGAAGUAAGUGUUAAUGAAGAGCAGCUAGUUCAACCGGUUAAGGCUGAGGCAGCUGAGAAAGAGCACCCGUAUCUAUUCCCCGUGACAAUCCAUGGAUCGGGAUUGAAAGCCUGGAUUAAAGCGGCAACAGUAGGUGACCGGUACAAGCAGGUUCAGCGAGAGCUUUUAAUUCGUCAGUAUCUGUGUCCAGAGGACUCUGUGAAGGCGAGGGCAGUAGUCUGGAGGGGGGUUCCUGCGUUACUCUUGGAAGAUGCGGGACAGAAAAUCAACACAGACACAAUGACGCCUGAAGACGUUUUCCAUAUGACAAAGGCCAUUUAUAUGGUACUUUCUCAUGUUUAUGGUGAGCAUGGGAUUUCGCACAACGAUGUUGCACCCUGCAACAUCUGCCAGGACGAAAAGGGACGUUACCGACUUAUUGACUGGGGAUUAGCCAGCCGGCUGCCUGAUAUUGAUCAUCCCACCAAUGUACCUGAUUGGCUUUAUUCAGCCAGUGGUUCCGAUGUUAUUAAAAUCCGCAGAAGAUUUCGAAGCAGCUUGAACUCCCCAGUGUUGAAGAUCUUGUAUGUACCACUGCUCAAAGCAUGGUUAGAGCUGGAGAUCUGA